GACACCUGCCUUUCUCGAAGUAGCGUCGCAGUGAGCAGCAAGGUCGGUCCCCCUAGAACCGCUCAGUCAGAGCGGAGGACGAGGGCAUAUUUGGUCGCAAUUGAUCCAGUGCCAUAAUAAACGGCCGUCGGAUCCAUCGUGACAUUUGCAACUGGCUGUAGAGGAGGAUACAUUUGAACAGGAGUAGUUCGAGUAGUGAGGCGCUGCAGCCGUCGCCGGGACAACCUGCUGGUUUUGUUGUUGUUACAGAAGAGGGGAGCACUAAGCGACGGAUUUAAUCAUUAAACCGGGUUACCCCCACUUCGGUGCUACUUGCAUGGAUACAUCAUGGCCUCGUUAGUUUGCAGGGUUCAGUUUUUAGAUGACACCGAUCCAUUUAACAGUACAAAUUUCCCAGAGCCGACAAGACCACCGCAAUACACUUUUAGGGAAGACAUCCCCCUCAUCAACCAAAUUGCCGGUGUCCACCGACUUCUAAAAGCCCCGCACAAGCUCGAUGACUGUGCCCUGCAGUUGUCCCACAAUGGCACGUAUCUGGACCUGGAGUCGUCGUUGGCGGAGCAGAGAGACGAGCUGGAGGGCUUCCAGGAGGACUCCGCCGCAGGGAGAGGCAAGAAGCACAGUGUGAUUCUGCGCACACAGCUGACAGUCCGGGUUCACGCCUGCAUCGAGAAGCUGUACAACUCCAAUGGACGUGACUUGAGGAGGGCACUGUUUUCCCUCAAACAGAUAUUUCAGGAUGACAAAGACCUGGUGCAUGAGUUUGUGAUGGCGGAGGGUCUGACCUGCCUCAUUAAGGUCGGGGCGGAGGCUGACCAGAACUAUCAGAACUACAUCCUGAGAGCUUUGGGUCAGAUCAUGCUGUAUGUGGACGGGAUGAACGGGGUCAUAGGUCACACGGAGACUGUCCAGUGGCUAUACACACUGAUUGGUUCCAAGUUUCGUCUGGUGGUGAAGACAGCUCUCAAGCUACUGCUGGUGUUUGUGGAGUACGCUGAGAGUAACGGCACUCUGCUCAUCCAGGCUAUCUCCACUGUGGACUUCAAGAGAAGACGCAAGCAGUGGUCAAAUGCUAUGGAGAUCUUGGAGGAGAAGGAUGGGGUAGACACUGAACUUUUGGUGUAUGCCAUGACCCUCAUCAACAAGACCCUGGCGGCGUUGCCGGACCAGGACUCGUUCUACGACAUGGUGGACGUGCUAGAGGAGCAGGGCAUGGAGGUGGUGUCCAAACGACACUUGGGCCGCAAGGGCACCGACCUGGACCUGGUGGAGCAGCUCAACAUCUACGAGGCAGCUUUGCGGCACGAGGACGGCGACAAUGAAACAGAGCCGCCGCCGUCCGGCUGCAGGGACCGUCGGCGGACCAGCGUCGGGGGCAGCAACGACAAACGCAGCCUGGAGAGGCGCCGCAGUCGGAGACACUCAUUGGGCCGCUCCGGCCCCGCCUCUCCCCUAAGCCCCGCCUCCCCACACCGCGGGGGAUUCCAGCCCUUCAACGGGCAGAAGUCCGAGGACAUGAGCGAGAGAACUCCUUGGGUGUUUGAGCUCCUUCAGUCGAUAGAGGAGGAGUAUGAGGAGGAGGAAGAAGAGGAGCUGGUAACAGAGUCGGAAACGGAGGAGGAGGAGGGGGAGGGGCAGUCCUCUGUUCAGGGUGGCCUCAGGUACCCAAACAAGCCCAUGGCGCCAGCCACAGCCAGGACUCCGAUAAAGAGGGAUGAGACCAAGGAGGGAGAGAGGAGGAAGAGAAAGACGAGUGCGGAAUCCUCUCCUCCGUGGGUGGCCGUCUCCUCCCCUGACCCCAGUCCACAGCCCUCGCUCCUGGCAUCGCUCCUCGUCCGCCGCAGGUCGUCCGUCAGCGUGCCGUCGGCAUCGGAGGUGACCCCUCGGCCCAUGGAGCGCCUCCCCUAUCUGCCCCACUCGCCCUUCCACCUCUUCUCCUAUGACCUCCAGGAGGAGAAGGAGGAAGAGACGUCGCCGGACAAAUCUAAGGGGGACAGGAAUGGGAAGUUUAUCAAUCCUCCCUUUGCACCUGCAAACAAUGCAGACAGGCCUCCUCUGGGAGGUCUGCUGUCCUCCUCCUACCGGCAGCACCAGGAGUCUCUGGCCGCGGAGCGCGAGAGGAGACGCAUGGAGAGAGAGGAACGCCUGCAGAAGAUCGAGAGAGAGGAGAGGAAUCGAUUCAGUCGGGACUAUGUGGACAAAAUGGAAGAAGCCAGGCACACCCGCGAGGAGAGGUAUAAGACGGUCGAGCGUCUUGCUGCAGAGGAGUACGAGCGGGACCGUGUGCGUUCAGCUCCACGUGGGCUCAGUCUGUCCCUGAGCCCUGACGACUCCUGUCAAUCAUCCCGCAGUGGCACGCCUUCCUCCAUCGCCUCCCAGGACAACCAGGACACGCCCACCACGCCCUACUCCCCAUUAGAACCAGACUUUAACGUGAGCCCAGAACCAGAGGAGAAGGAAACCGAAUCUCCCGAGGAGGACCAGGCCGUGGAACAGGAGGAAGAGGUGGAACAGGAAGAGGAAGCAGCUAAAGAGCAGGAAGAAGCUGAGGCAGAGGAGCCGGCUCCGGAGCAGGAAGAGGAGGAGCCUGCGGAGGAAGAGGAGGAGCCAGAACGUGAAGCGGCCAAUGGAGAGGCGGCGGAGGAUAGCGGUAUCCUGAGCGACAAGGAGAGACAGAAUGAGGAAGUGAACGAGAAGGACAACUGUUCCGCCUCCAGCAUCUCCUCUGCCAGCAGCACCCUAGAGAGAGAGGAGCGACUCGCUGGCAACAACAAUGAGACUGGUCCAUGGGCCCAGUCAGUCAAAGAUGCGGAUGUGAACGAACAGUGCAGCAAGAUCCUCAACAGCAAGCUCUUCAUGCUGGACAUGCUGUACGCCCAGGCCAAGAAGCCGGCCGAGGAAGAGGAGGAGGAGGAAGAGGACGAGGAGAAGAAGGAGAAGGGCCAGGACGAGAAAGAGAGUGAGGGCGACUCGUCGGCGGCCGCCGUCGCUGGAGCGGGCGAGCAGGCGGGCGAGGAAGGCGCCGAGUCGAAGUCAGAUGGCGACAAACGCACCUCGAACGUCCGGGCGUUCGCGGAGAAGUUCGGCGACCUGGUGAAAGGGUUGACCUCGCCGCACGCGGAGUCGCCGGAGACGCCCGACAAGCAGCAGCAGCAGUCGCCGCCGCCUCCGCCACAGCCCCCGAAGAAGGAGUCGGACUACAUCUGGGACCAGCUGCUGGCCAGCCCGCGCGUCCUGCGCAUCGGAGACAUCGACUUCACCGACCUCGGCGAGGAGGACGACCAGGACCUGCUAGACGCCGGCUCCCUCAUGAGCACGGGCGACCUCCUGACCCCUCCGCCGCCACCCCCCUGCCCCUUCAACCUGCCCCCUCCCCCGCCGCUCUUCGGCAAUUGCCCCCCUCCGCCCCCCAUGCCGGGCUCCAUGAGGAUGCCCCCUCCGCCCCCCUGCCUCUCCUCGGCCCCGCCACCCCAACAGGAGUCCGGCGGAGACCAGCCGCUCUUCCAGAAGAAGAAGAAGACCAUUCGGCUGUUCUGGAGUGAGGUGAGGCCCGACUGGCAGUAUCGGGGCUACCGGCGACUGCAAGGGUCACUCUGGGCCAAGCUGGAUCCCGUAAAAGUGGACACGGCCAAGCUGGAACACCUGUUCGAGAGCAAGUCCAAAGAGAUCCCCGUCACCAAGAAAACCGCUGCGGACGGCAAGCGGCAGGAAAUCAUCGUGCUGGACUCCAAGAGGAGCAACGCCAUCAACAUCGGCCUGACUGUGCUCCCUCCCCCACGCACCAUCAAGACGGCCAUCCUCAACUUCGACGAGUACGCGUUAAACAAGGAGGGCAUUGAGAAAAUCCUGACGAUGAUCCCUACGGAGGAGGAGAAGCAGAAGAUCCAGGAGGCCCAGCUGGCCAACCCAGACACCCCGCUGGGAGCAGAGCAGUUCCUGCUCACGCUCUCCUCCAUCAGCGAGCUCUCCGCACGCCUGCAGCUCUGGGCCUUCAAGAUGGACUACGAGGUCACAGAGAAGGAAGUGGCCGAGCCUCUGCAGGAUCUGAAAGAGGGGAUGGACCAGCUGGAGAGGAACAAGACACUCCGUUACAUCCUGUCCACUCUACUCGCCAUCGGCAACUUCCUCAACGGCUCCAGUGCCAAGGGUUUUGACCUGAGCUACCUGGAGAAAGUUCCAGAAGUGAAGGACACGGUGCAUAAACAGUCUCUGCUGCAUCACGCCUGCGCCGUAGUGGUGGAGAACUUCCCCGAGAGCACAGACCUCUACUCGGAGAUUGGCGCCAUCACUCGCUCAGCCAAGGUGGACUUUGACCAGCUACAGGAGAACCUCACGCAGAUGGAACGGCGCUGCAAAGCAUCAUGGGACCACCUCAAGGUCAUCGCCAAGCACGAAAUGAAGCCGGUGUUGAAGCAGAAGAUGUCUGACUUCCUGAAAGACUGCGCCGAGAGGAUCAUCAUUCUGAAGAUUGUGCACCGUCGAAUCAUGAACCGGUUCCACGCGUUCCUGCUGUUCCUGGGCCACCCAUCAUACGGCGUGCGUGACAUCAGCGUGCACCGCUUCAGCAAGAUCGUGAGCGAGUUUGCGCUGGAGUACCGCACCACGCGCGACCGCGUCCUCCAGCAGAAGCAGAAGAGAGCUGACCACCGCGAGCGCAACAAGACGCGCGGCAAGAUGAUCAUAGACGUCAACGCCCCCACUGAUGAUGAAGAAGACUUAGAGUCUGGCCGGCUGGGUGGCGGUGGCGGUGGCAGCGCUGGUGGUGGUGGUGGUGGUGAUGGUGGGCCUGGUGGCUCCGGUGGGGCGCAGGAGAACCAGCAGCCCCAGGGCCUGGGCCACGCCGAGGACGCCGCUGAACACGAGCACAUGAAGGCAGUGCUCAAGACCAGCCUGCAGAGCGGUGACAAAGAGGCCUCAUCCAUGGUACCUGGCCUGCGCAUGCGAACGCGGACCAGGCCCAGCAGAGGUCAACCUCGCACAGCCUGGACAUCAGCAGCCAAUGAGGAAGCAGUGGCCAUGACAGACGAUGCUGCAGACGAGAUCAUGGAGCGCAUUGUGAGGUCGGCGACACAAGGGCCCAGUCAGAGAGCCCAGCCACGGGAGAGGAGGCGGUCUCGCGCCAAUCGCAAGUCACUGAGGAGGACCCUGAAGAACGGACUGACGCCGGAGGAAGCACAAGCUCUGGGAUUGGCUGACAACCCAGAGAUGCCUGUGUGAAGAGCCAGAAUCUGUGUCUGUAACAUCACGGACACACCCUCCUUACUGACCCUAGGCAGCACACACACACACACACACACACACACACACACACCCCCACCCCCCACUCCCCUCGUCACACUCCGGCCUUCUUACUGCCGCCACCCACAACAUUCAUCGGCCAAUCACAAGCCUUUCCACAGCUCCUUCCCCUGCUGCUUGAUGCCGCUAGCGCUACUGUCCGUGGCCGUUUGACUAGCCACGGCGUUGUAGGCAUAUGUGUGUGUUUACCUUCCUCAUUUUGGUGUUGCUGAAAACAAGGGCAGAAUUCUUUUUCUUUUAAACAAAAUGACCCAUGGGUUGAUUCCGAGUGAGGGGCAUCGAUAAGACAAAGAAGAAGGAAGUGUUUUUGGAAAGUGAUGAGAAAAAUAACCAAUGCGGAUGAAAAAAGUGAAAGCUUCUGAUACGAUUGUGACUCAGGGUUUGAUCCUAUCAUCUCGUAAUGUUUAUCAUUGUGGCUGUUUUUUGUUUGUUUGUUUGUUUUUUUAUCUUUCGGGAACUUUUUCCAAAAUUGGUACUCACAAUACCUAGCAGAUACAGCACAUGAACAAGAGACAGCCAUUUCAGAUGGGUUAGUGUGCUAGUUAUUGUGACAACCCAAGUCCCUACACUUCCAGUUUGGCUUUAUGCAUUACAACGUACAUUACGUUUUUUUAAAAACGUUCCUGAAAUGAAAAAUACUAGAGAGUUCUGCUUGAGCUACAAUCAUGCAUCUUAAUGGAACUUAUGAAAUAGUAGGCCUACAUAAAAAAAUAAAAAAAUAAAAAUCAUGCACACUCACACCUGCAUGUCGAGGGCCUUCUAAAUGAAUACCAAACUGUGUGAUAUAGGAUGAGUAAUGGUAUCCUUUCCUUAGGUGCUAUAGGUCUAGAUUAAGUUACUACAUGGCUAUCUACUCAGUAAACAGGGAUGCCCAUCUUAAUCUAGAGAUCAACGCUAUCCUAGCUUUGUAUUGUCUCAGAGGCCUUCUCAGUCCAUCUGUACGAUGUGUUGAAAUUCACUUCCAUUUCUCACCACGGAUCUUAUUGCUCAUCUCAUUCUUCUGCUAUUUGCCAAUUGUGGGUAUCUCUGUCUCCAUGUGCUUGCUUGCUUUAACUAUGAGCACAGGGCCUACUCUACUGCCACUUUUCCACCACCCUUUGGGAGUGCUUUGCAUUUAACCUGGCAUAGAGUUUACUGACACAUAAUGGACAGUAAUGAACGCUGCAAAAGGAAAAUAGAGACACCAGUUGUUGUUUUUUUUAGAGACAUACAGAGAUGUUAGAGAUUGUUACUGACACAAUGUCCACUUGAAUUUAACGGAAAACAAGCCUAGAUUUGAUGGGAGAUGUUUUGUUUUAAUUUACAGUUAAUUUUCCUGAAUGUCAAAUCAUCUACAACCCACUCACGUCUUUUGCAAUUGUGUCGGCUCCAAAUGAGUGGUGACAGUUCUAGUUUGGUUUGUGCCUUCCUGCAAUAUGAGGCUGCAGUUCUUGAGAAGGAGGUAGUUUUCCUGUCCCUUUACAGCACACAUGAUCAAGACUACAGAUGACCAUUAGAAAAAACAUACUGACACAACUUGAGUCAAAUUGAUUAGUGUAGAACAAACAUUUUCAUAGACCAUCUUUUGGUAAAAUAUUGGUUAGGUUACAGAAAGGCUGCAAGAGGCUUAUUUUUCGUUGCUGUUGUUUUUGUUGUCAUUGUUUUUGUGUCAUUUCCCAGUACUAUAUUACAAUUUCAUUAUUUAUUGAGGAGAUUCACUACUUUUUAAGAGGAACAUUUGAUAAACAAUACUUUUUGAGAACCGUAGGUCAGUUAAUGCCACGGUAGUCUGGCACCUUAAUCUCAAACUCUUGUGUGGAAUGUUCAUGGAACCAUUGUCAAAAUUUCAGAGAAGAUCUCAUUCAGACUCCUUCCUAGUCAAUCUUAUACUGGAAAUUGUAAAAAGGACAAAAGUGUACAAAAAUUAUAAACAUUUAAAAGAGGGAUAUUGUAAAAAAAAGUAUGUAAAUGCCCUGCUUUGUUGUCAAUUUUGUUUGUCUGUGUGUAAUGUUUUUUUUUUUUGUUUUUUUUGUAAUUUCUGUAGAAUAGUGUAUUAUAGACAGACGAAGAGCAGUGUUAUUAUUAUAUUAACUGUAAUUUAAGAGAAAACAGAACAAAAAGCCAUGCAUGGUCACAAAUAUAUAAAUACAUAUAUAAUUCUUUUUGCAAACGGCUUUCAACCACAAAUUUUGAAAUUUGUUAAUAUUGAAAUUACUUCUGUUGGCUUUUUUCAGAUUCUUGUUGGCUCAUAACUCCAUUAAACUGAAUGAAAUGUUGUCACAUUGUGGAAUUAGAUGCCUACGCUGUUUUAAAGCUCCUGUCUAUGAAUUUACAUGUCCACUGGAAACAGUAGGCUACAUUUACACAACCUGCAAUAAAGCCUUGUAUGAAUAGA